AUGCCUGUAACACGGUCAGCCACUCGGUCACUUGCUCCAGCGGGAGGAAACAACAAGACAACGGCAGCGGUAUCACUGCCGCCCGCAGUAGGCAAGUCCAGCAAGCGAAAAGCCGCUGAAGAACCCGCAGCAGCCAAGAAGACGCCUCGCGCAAAGAAAACAAAGUCUUCCGAUGAAAGUGCUGCGACACCGCUCCCAUCGGGUGCAUUUAUACCACCACCGCCAUCUCCCUUGCAGAACGAGUCCGAGGAGACAAUUUCGAUUCCUGCAGUGUUGACAUUUUCGUUUGAGGAAGCUAAAGCGCAUCUUAUUCGUGCUGAUCACCGCUUUGAAGAUAUAUUCGCAAAGCUCAAAUGUAAGCCUUUUGAGCUCCUUGAACAGGUCCACCCGUUCCGGGCGCUUGCAGAAUCAAUUCUUGCCCAACAAAUCUCAUGGCUGGCAGCGCGAUCGAUCAUCCAUAGGUUCACUCGGUUGUAUGACCCCUCAUUACCCGAAAAAGUGGCAGAUUACUCUGCAUCAAAAUGUCCGACAUCUUUCUUCCCUACCCCUUAUCAAGUUGCCAAUACGGAUAUCCUAACACUCAAGUCUGCUGGUCUUAGCACGCGCAAAGCCGAGUAUGUAAAAGACCUUGCUGCGCGAUUCGCAGAUGAAAGGCUUUCGACAAUAAAGCUGCUUGCUGCAGACGAUGAAAGCCUUGCUGAAAUGCUUAUAGAAGUGCGAGGGAUUGGAAGGUGGACUGUUGACAUGUUUGCAAUCUUCUCCCUCCGUCGUCCAAAUAUCCUCCCAGUAGGUGACCUCGGUAUCCAGAGAGGAAUGUUGCGCUGGUUUCUCUCGCGUCACUCGUCUAAGCACACCUUUACAAUUUCACCGCAUAAACUGAGCGGUGGCGAACCCGAUAAUGAUAAAACAAAAGUGGAAAGUACCGGUGCGAUGGGACCACCGCCUACGACGCCUGCACCGAAAACAACUCCUGGUUCUCAAUUGACAGGAGAUGUAGAAGCAGAUAAUGGGGUGCUGUCGACAUCAUCUGAAUUACAAACGCAGGUUUCCGCUUCAAUUAAUUCGAUCCCUGGGCUUCCUGAACCGUUCACUCCCUCGAUUGACAAGACCCUUGAGGCAGAUGCGAUGAACCCAGAGCCACUUCCUGAAGGCCUGAGCGUUGCAAAUUUAAAAUCAAGGCUAGAAGGAAAGAAGAUCAAAGGGGUGUUUCUUACUCCGGCAGAAAUGGAAGGUUUAACCGCAUCUUGGGCGCCGUAUCGAAGUCUUGGUGUUUACUAUAUGUGGGCUCUAUCAGAGGAGAAGAAGAGCUAG